CUGGAGGAGGUGAUGAAGGAGGACGGCUUCCACCCGGACCCCGCUCCCGACGCCCCCCGGGCCCUUCCCCGCCUGGUCCCGCGCGGUUCCGCCCCCCGGGAGCCGCCGCUGGCCCGGAGCCUCCGCGGGCUCUGCCUGGGGCCCCGCGAGCGGCCCGAGAAAGCGGCGAAAGCGGCGAAAACGGGGAAAACGGAGGGCUCGGAGCCGUUGGAGAGGGCGGCGAGGCCGCGCUUGGUGAUCACGGAGCAGCCGAAGCAGCGCGGGAUGAGAUUCCGGUACGAGUGCGAGGGGAGAUCGGCCGGGAGCAUCCUCGGGGAGAGCAGCACCGAGAGCAACCGCACCCUGCCCACCAUCGAGCUGCGGGGCUGCGAGGGGAUCCCGGAGGUUUCGGUCACCGCCUGCCUGGUGUGGAAGGAUUGGCCCCACCGGGUGCACCCGCACGGGCUGGUGGGCAAGGACUGCGCCCAGGGGCUGUGCCGGGUCCUGCUGCGGCCCCACAGCAACCCCAGGCACAGUUUCAGCAACCUGGGCAUCCAGUGUGUGAAGAAAAAGGAAAUCGAGGCCGCCAUCGAGAAGAAGCUGCAGCUCGGGAUCGACCCCUUCAAAGCGGGCUCCCUGCGGAACCAUCAGGAGGUCGAUCUCAACGUGGUCAGGAUUUGCUUCCAGGCCUCGUUCCGGGACCGCGCCGGGAUCCCGCGCAGCCUCAGCCCGGUGCUGUCGCAGCCCAUCUUCGACAAGAAGUCCACGAACACGUCGGAGCUGCGGAUUUGCCGCAUGAACAAAGAGAGCGGCCCCUGCACGGGCGGGGAGGAGCUGUACCUGCUCUGCGACAAGGUGCAGAAAGAGGACAUCGCGGUGAUUUUCCGCAAGGAGCCCUGGGAGGCGCGGGCCGAUUUCUCGCAGGCCGACGUUCACCGGCAGGUGGCGAUCGUGCUGCGCACGCCGCCCUACGCGCACCUGGAGCUGCGCGAGCCCGUGCAGGUGGAGGUGUUCCUGCAGCGCCUGACGGACAGCGUGCGGAGCGAGGGCUUCCGGUUCACCUACCUGCCCCGGGACACCGACGCGUACCGGGUGCAGGUGAAGCGCAAGCGGGGAAUGCCCGACCUGCUGGAGGAGCUCUCGGGGACAGACCCGUUCGGGAUCGAGGCCAAGCGCAGGAAGAAGCCCCCGGGGUACCUGGAGCACUUCAUCCCCCUGGGCCCCACAGGCGGCGCCUUCCCGGAGCCGCUGCCGCCGCCGGAGCCGCUCCCGUUCCCGUUCCCGCCGCUGGCUCCGCCCGCGCUGGGCGCGCUCGGGGAAUUCGCGGAGUUCCCGGAGCUGGCGGAGCUCGCGCUGCUCCCGGGGCCGCCGGAGCCGCUGGCGGAGCCCCCGGGGCUGGGCGGGGACCCCGCGCCCAUUUCCAGCCUGCUGGGCACGCACCUGUUCCCGGGGGAGGGCUGAGAGGGAAGCCCGAAAUACCCCCGGAAUUCCCUCAAAAAUUCCCCAAAAUCCGCUCGGAAUUCUCCCAAAAAUUCCCCAAAAUCCGCUCGAAAUUCUCCCAAAAAUUCCCCAAAAUCCGCUCGGAAUUCUCCCAAAAAUUCCCGAAAAUCCGCUCGAAAUUCUCCCAAAAAUUCCCAAAAAUCCCCUCGGAAUUCCCUCAAAAAUUCCCUA